AUGGACAUGGCAUCGCCGGACGCGGAGCCGGACGCGGUGUCCAGCGUACGCACGGCCGGCAUCCAUCACUCCAGCAUUCUCUUUUCCAGCGACCAGCAAAUGUCCAUGUCGGCGCUCAUGUCCGGGCUGAAGCGCACGACGCUCACCAUCCACAACCGCCUGCGCUCCAUCGCGACGGACGCGGAAUUCGUCGCGCGAGCGGCCAGCGCCUUUGGCGGCGGCGCGCCGGGAGACUACACCCCCGGGCAGGGGACCGCGGAGGAGACGAACAGGUCCGGCCGUCGGCGGCCUCUUGUCGCCAACGAACGCUGCGGUAGCUGGUACGUGCCGCCCGAGACCAAGGGCGGCAGCGCCUACUUCAAGAGCACCGACGGCCACGAGCGGGCGUGGAAGUUUAGCACCCGACGUCUGAACCUGCACAUUGUUGAGCUUGCCGAGAAGCAUGACGGGGUCAUUAUUGUCGAUUCCACGCGGCGCGGCAAGCGCAUGCCCGACGCGCUGUCCACCACCAUUCCCGUGUGGUGCGCCGUGCUCAACCGCGUGCUCCUGCCGGACCACCCGCUCUCGCAGGCGCUGUUCCUGCCGCCGUCGCUGCCGCCCACGACGCACGCGCAAGUCGCGGCGCUGCUGCCGGUCUUCGCCGCGUCCCUGGAGGCGCUCGCGCUGCCGCUGCCGCGCGGGGUGCUCAGCAAGCCGCUCCGCCCGCUCUGGAUCACGCAGGACUCUGCGCUGCCGCCGCCCGGGGGUGCAGGGCAGCCUUCGCCGCAGCGCGUGGUCUUUGACGACUACCGGCCUGUGAUUUGCUGCACGGCGAGUCGCCGCGUCGCGGGGAGCGAGAUGGACGAGGGCGGCUACAUACAGGGCGCGGGCGACGACACGGAGAACUGGGCGCACGGGCUCACGCCGCCCGUCUUCUGGAAUAACGUGCACGUGCUACUGGACGCGGCCGAGAGUGCGCUGCCGGCGCUCAUCAGGCGGCUGGUGGAGGAGGAUCGCGCCGCGCAGGUACCGGUGGGCAGCGAGGCGCGUGUGCGGCUCGCGCCGGGCAUCUACGUGUGUCCGACUGCGUCUACGAUGGCUCCCGAUGCCGAGGGAGAGUGCCAUAUACAACUGCUCGCAUCGACAUCGCCGAAAGAGUCGUGGGUCAAGGGGCCGCGUUUCAUGCAAGUCGGGCUCGGCCACAGCAAAGCCGGCAGCCGCAGCUUGCGCCUCGCUCUACCUGACAUUUGUGCGUUUGCGCGUGGAUACAUGGAUGGUGCGCCCGCAGGUUGCGAGAAGAAGAUCGUGGUCUCGUGCGACUCGGGAAAGGACUUUUCUGUCGGCACUGCGCUGGCGCUUUCGUGCUUGCUGCUUGAUGACGCAGGUGCGUUGCGCGAGGAGGGCGCACAGGUGGGUUUUACAAAGACGGCUGUGAAGAGCCGGCUGGGCGGGUUCAUGAUGACUUUUCCGGCAGCGAAUCCGAGUCGCGCUACACUGCAGAGCGUUAAUAGCUUCUUGAUGGACUGGAGGAAUUAG